CCGCCAUAUUGAAUGUAAACUACGAAAAUAUUUUGGGUCGUUUGCUUUAAUUUUACAGUCUACAAAUGAAUCAGUAAACUGAAGGUUUACAUGGCGUCAAGAAUGAGCAGAAGUUCCCACGGUGGGAAACCCUUUUCUGCCAACAGAACUCGGGUAGACACCCCCAGUAAGACCACAGCGGACGGCCAAAAGUACCCCGAGAUCAAACAGCGUGGGUUCUACUCUGAUAUCAUAGGGACAGAGGCAAAUGUUACAGAUGCUUUAGAAGGCCCCCUGACAGAUCACGACACAUUAUGGAAUGUUGCCAAAGAAAAACACACACCAAAAGUGACAGCAUUUGAGGAGAAGACAGAUGUAUUAGAGACCCUGAAGGGCCAUGUUUAUGGUCCCAGCACAGAAAUCACAGCUAUAUCAGAUUUCCCCAUUCUAGCAUCAGAACCCAAAGUACAGCUUCCAUACUAUACAAAGCCAGGAGAGUGUCCCAGAAAGAUAGAAACCGAGAGGAGGAGACGAUUGUAUGAUACGUUGGACUUGAAGUCCCUGUUGAAGUCCGAGGGUAUCAGGACGGACCAGUUAAUGCCCAAAGAGAGUCAGUUUCCUGUCAAGUUAAAUGUGGACCCUAACGACCCCGCCCCCUUCCCUCCCUACCUCCCCCUCUACCUGUUUGAUGAUGAGGAGUACGACAUCAGGACACCCUUGGAGUGGAUCCACAAAGGGCACGAUAACGGCCACCGGAAACCAGUCCCCGGGCAAGCUCUGCUGCCCAGCAAGGACUCGGACAAAGAGUUGGACCCAACCGACCCUAAGAUUGUGUACGACUGGUACGAGGUUGGAGUUCUGGACUACAAUGAUGAGGACAAGUGUUACCUGGUACAGAAGGUCAACAGUCAAGGUCGUGUGGUGGACGGGUCAGGGAAGCCCGUCAUUAAUGGAGGAGUACAGCCCGAUGGUUCCCGUCCUGAGCUCCCAGGCCAGUACUGGAUUCCUCGAGUGAGGCUGAUGUUCAAAGGAGAGGAUCCAAGAGUUUUCACCAGGAGAGUGGUGGAUGCCUUCAAAUUGAGAAAAGAGUCUGAGGCAUUGAUUCGUUACAACCUGUAUGUGGACUGUAUGCCAAUGGAGGGAGUGGGUGAACUUGACCAGGCCUCGCUGAAAAGGAUGAUAGAGGCCUCCAGGGAUGUCCGGGGCCUCAAGGCAGAUAAACAACUGGACGAUUACCUUCAGGUUCUGGAGAAGGAGGUCAACAUUGAUUUUUGUCGCUCCAUGAACAGGAUUAUUUUUGACAAGACGGUGGAGUCUGAUCCGUUUACAUUCGGAUUCGUUACACAACCAGGAGAACCAGAGAAUGUGGUCGCUGAGAAGGGUUGUAUCGUUGACAUCCCUGAGUACCCGUUUGACAGUCAGUACGACGACUUCACGUUUAACUCGCUGUUGACCCGCGAGGAGAGUAUCUCGGCGAUUGGGAUGGUCAGGACGGAGUGUAACAAGGUGGUGGUCAUGUCACUGUUCCACAUCCCCACCACCAAACCCAUGAGGUUGGAGGAGUUUGAGCAGACCCAGGCUCAGGCUACUUCACAGGUUUCACUGUUCCUGAAGGACAGCUGGAUCAGCACGCUGAGGAACGCUAUCAGGACCUCCCUCCGAGACGUUGGCAAGGGCUGGUUCAACAUCCACGAGAAAAAUUUCCAGGUGUAUGAGAUUUCCAAACUCAAAAAGCUCAUGGAAAUGGUCAAAUUCAUCAUGCAGGAUUCUAUGCGCUACCUGAUUCAGGACUCUCUCGUCAACUUCACUCAGAUGAUCCUGGACGCUAGCCACUCUACACUGAAGCUUCAGGAGGACUUUAAGUGGGGAGACGAUCUCAUAAACAGUACCUAUAAACCCAAGAGGAACGCCCUGUUCCUGGUGGACCUGAUGCUUGACAAUCAGGGGGCCCACUACAGCACGAACCUUAACAGUUUUGAGACCAUGUUAGUGGGGCUGUUUGAUAAGGCUAUCGGCUCCACCCAGAACGUACCCCAGCUGGAGAAGUACAUAUUGGAGGAUAUUUUCUGGUCUGGGACCCCCCUUUUGGAGUCGGUGGGAGCCGUUGAGAAGGAGGCCAUUAACCAGGCCCUGAUCCCAAUGAAGGCAUACGCCAGGGAGUACGAGAGACAUCUAGAGCUGAUGAACCUGGACAUCAACAAAUACAUAGCUGACUAUGAGAAGAAGGAAGGCACCACCGCGGUGGAGGUUAAACAGGAAGUGGAAAUGCACCUUAAGGAGAAGGACAUUAUUGAGGCCACGAUCCCCAGUAACCUGGUCAUCGGUCCAUUCUGGGUCAACACCGAGUCCGUCCGACAAACUCUGUCCAAAAAAAGGAAGAACCUCAGCAAUGCUAUGUUAGAACUGCUGGCCAGAAAACUCCGCGCUCAAGCCGACGAUGCCUGUGAGGAGUUUAAGGAGAUCAAUCGUAAGCUGUACAACAAACCAAACUGUGUGGAGGAGUUAUCUGACAUGAGGGAGUGGAUGAAGGGGAUUCCCGAGAGGCUCCAGGAACAUCAGGAGAAAAUUGACAAAGCCAUGGAUGAUUAUGAGCUCAUAGAAGAGUUCUACUACAACUUGUCUACAGACGACUUCAAUGCCAAAUGGACAGCGAUUGGCUGGCCCCACAAGAUCGAGCGCCAGAUGGAGCAGACCUAUGAGCAGCUGGAUCAGGAUGAGGAGCGAUUCCGUAAGCUGCAGGGAUCUGACCAGGCCAACUUCAAUGACCGACUGGACACACUACAGAUGGUGGUAGCGGGUAUGGCGGCAUACACAGACAUCAGUAAGGCCCACGAGAUCGCCAACGAAGUCAGGAGGGUCAACAAACAGCUAAAGGAGGCCCAGGGCCUGGCCCAGACCUACAAUAAUAGAGAGAGGCUGUUUGGUAUGCCUGUCACUAAUUACGAAAAGCUGUCCAAACUUGUUAAGGAAUUUGAGCCGUUCCGUAACUUGUGGCUGACGGUUUCUGAUUGGUUACGUUGGCACGAGAGUUGGAUGAAUGAUCCGCUGAACGCAAUCAACGCUGAAGAGGUGGAGAAAAACGUCAACGACGCGUUCAAAACGAUGCACAAGUCCGUACGAUUCUUCCAGGAGAUGCCCAAUGUCCAGUUGGUGGCCUCGGAGAUUAAGGGCCUUAUUGAGGACUUUAAGCCCUACAUUCCUCUGAUUCAGGGAUUGAGGAACCCGGGAAUGAGAAGCAGACAUUGGGAUCAGUUGUCUAAUGACAUUGGAUUCCCUGUGAGACCCAAGGCUAACCUGACCUUCAGUAAAUGUCUGGAGAUGAAGUUACAGGACCACAUGGCUACCAUCACCAAAGUAGCUGAAGUCGCCGGGAAGGAGUACUCUAUAGAGCAGGCCCUGGACAAGAUGGAGAAGGAGUGGGAGAACAUUAAGCUUGAGAUCAAGCCGUACAAGGACACAGGUACCUACAUGAUCCGGACCUCCGAGGAGACCUCUCAGUUACUGGACGACCACAUCGUGAUGACCCAGUCCAUGUCAUUCUCACCCUACAAGAAACCGUUCGAGGACCGCAUCAGCAGCUGGGAGAACAAGCUGAAGACAACCCAGGACGUUCUGGAUGAGUGGAUCCAGUGUCAGAGAUCGUGGCUGUAUCUGGAGCCCAUCUUCUCCUCGGAGGACAUUAACAGACAGCUGCCUGUGGAAAGCAAGAGAUACCAGACCAUGGAGAGAAUCUGGAGGAAGCUGAUGAAGACCGCCAAGGACAACCCACAGGUUAUUUCCCUGUGUCCAGACAACCGACUCCUGGACAAUCUGAGGGAGUGUAACAAACUCCUAGAACAAGUACAGAAAGGUCUGUCUGAGUACUUAGAGACCAAGAGGAACGCUUUCCCACGAUUCUACUUCCUGUCGGACGACGAACUGCUCCAGAUUCUGUCCCAGACCAAGGAUCCCACAGCUGUACAGCCUCAUCUCAGGAAAUGCUUCGAGAAUGUUGCUAUGCUGAAGUUUGAGGAGGAUCUGAAGAUCACCAGGAUGUACUCGGCUGAGGGUGAGGACGUGGCCUUCAUGGAGACGCUGUACCCCACAGGGAACGUGGAGGACUGGAUGUUAGAGAUCGAGAGGUGCAUGAGGGAGAGUCUGAGGAUCAUCAUCAGGGACUCUCUCAAAGACUACAAAGAGACAAAGAGAACUGAGUGGGUGUUGAAGUGGCCAGGUCAGGUGGUGAUCGCUGGGUGUCAGACGUACUGGACCUCCGAGGUGACCGAGGCGCUGGAACAGAACUGUCUGAAGGAGGGCUACGAAAAACUGCUGAGUCAGCUGGACGAUUUACGGAACCUCGUCAGGCUCGACCUGAAGAAGAUUGAGAGGAUGACACUGUCCGCUCUCAUCGUCAUAGAGGUGCACGCCCGUGACGUGGUGGCCAAGAUGGUGGAGGAGAAGGUCUCUAACGCGAACGACUUUGAAUGGAUCAGUCAGCUCAGGUACUACUGGAAGGAGGAGAACUUGUUUAUCCAGGCUGUAAAUGCAGAGUUUAGUUAUGGAUACGAGUAUCUGGGGAAUACACUUCGUCUGGUCAUCACACCUCUUACUGACAGAUGUUACUUGACCUUGACCGGUGCCCUUCAUUUGAAGUUUGGUGGAGCCCCUGCUGGACCAGCUGGUACAGGAAAAACCGAGACAACUAAAGAUUUGGCCAAGGCUAUGGCGAUUCAGUGUGUGGUAUUUAACUGCUCAGAUCAGCUGGAUUUUAUGGCCAUGGGAAAGUUCUUCAAAGGUCUAGCCAGUGCGGGAGCCUGGGCCUGUUUUGACGAGUUUAACCGUAUCGAUAUCGAGGUCUUGUCUGUGGUAGCCCAGCAGAUAACCACCAUUCAGAAGGCUCAGCAGCAGAGGGUGGACAGAUUUAUCUUUGAGGGGGUGGAGCUGAUGCUCAAGCCGUCGUGUGCCGUCUUCAUCACAAUGAACCCCGGAUACGCCGGCAGAACAGAACUCCCCGACAAUCUCAAGGCCCUGUUCAGACCAGUAGCUAUGAUGGUGCCAGACUAUGCCCUGAUUGCUGAGAUCAGUUUGUUUUCCUUUGGUUUCUCUGAUGCUAGAGUUCUGGCCAAAAAGAUCGUCACCACAUUCAAACUGUCGUCAGAGCAGCUCAGCUCCCAGGAUCAUUAUGACUUUGGAAUGAGAGCUGUGAAGUCUGUCAUCUCGGCUGCUGGUAACCUGAAGAGACAGUACCCAGACAUGAACGAGGAACUGAUUGUAUUGAGAGCCAUUAGAGAUGUCAAUGUUCCCAAGUUCUUGGUGGAGGAUCUCAAAUUAUUCAGUGGCAUUGUGUCUGAUCUGUUCCCCAACAUCAAGGAGGAGCCUAUAGACUAUGGAGCCCUGGACACCUCACUGAGAAAGAUGUGUGUCAAAGGGGGACUCAAGGACGUGGAAGGUUUUAUCAACAAGUGUAUCCAGUUGUUUGAGACCACUGUUGUCCGACACGGACUCAUGUUGGUCGGGCCCACCGGCUCUGGAAAAACCAAGUGUUAUGAGGUUCUUAAGAAUGCCCAGACAUCUCUGAAAGGAGAAAUGUCACCGGCGGGAACUGAGUUUGAGACGACCUUGACCUACAUUCUGAACCCUAAAUCCAUCACUAUGGGUCAGUUGUACGGAGAGUUUGAUCUGCUUACACACGAAUGGACUGACGGUAUCCUGUCUACACUGAUCCGUAUCGGGUCUGGAGCUACCGACCCUAAGAAGCGCUGGUACAUAUUUGAUGGCCCUGUUGACGCGGUGUGGAUUGAGAACAUGAAUACUGUGUUGGACGACAACAAGAAGCUGUGUUUGAGUAGUGGAGAGAUCAUCAAACUGACAGAGCACAUGACGAUGAUGUUUGAGGUGCAGGAUCUGGCGGUCGCCUCCCCUGCCACUGUCAGCCGCUGUGGUAUGGUGUAUCUAGAGCCCAGCUAUAUUGGUCUGCCUCCGUUUGUGGAGUGCUGGCUCAGAAAACUCCCCGACGCUAUCUACCCGCACAAGGAAAAACUAGAGGGACUGUUUGAUAAAUUCAUGGAGCCUGCGAUCCGGUUUGUCCGUAAGGAGAUGAAGGAGAUCGUCCCCACCGUGGACUGUAACCUGGUCUUCAGUCUCCUGAAGUUGAUGGACUGUUUCUUCCAGCCCUUCGUCCCCCAGGAGGGUUUACUUCUGGGAGAGGAGGAGGAAAAUAAAGGAGACAAGCCGAUUCCCCAGGCUCGACUGGACCGCAUCGUGGAACUCAUUGAGCCGUGGUUCUUUUUCUCCCUGACAUGGUCCAUUGGUUGUACCGGGGAUAAUAACAGCUGGAUCAAGUUCUCUAACUGGAUUCGUGAACAAAUGAAGAAAGAAGGGUGUGAGUUGCCAUUCCCAGAGGAAGGGAUCGUGUACGACUACCGUCUGGAUGACGCGGGAAUCAGUAGCAGUGAAAACGACGAGAAUCUGGACGAGGAAACCGAAGUGAAAAAGGUGGCGUGGAGGAACUGGUUGUAUGGUGUACCAGAAUUUACCAUCCCCGCCGACACCAAGUUCUCAGACAUCAUAGUCCCCACCAUAGACACCAUCCGCAGCUCCCAUCUCCUGGAGAUGCUCCUCAAAAACAAGAAAAAGGUGUUGUGUGUUGGACCAACUGGUACAGGUAAAACACUGACCAUUGCUGACAAACUGACCACAAAGAUGCCCAAAGAAUUUCUCCCAGAAUUCAUUGUCUUCUCUGCCAAAACCAGCGCUAACCAGACACAGGACUUGAUUGAUGGCAAGCUUGACAAAAGGCGUAAGGGAGUGUUCGGUCCACCCCUGGGUAAAUACUUCAUCUUCUUCAUUGACGACCUCAACAUGCCGGCUCUGGAGGUAUACGGGGCCCAGCCUCCAAUCGAGUUAAUCCGACAGUGGAUGGACUUCAGUGGAUGGUACGACAGAAAGGCCAUAGGUGAUUUCCGUAACUUGGUGGACGUGAACUUCUGCUGUGCCAUGGGACCACCAGGUGGCGGUAGGAACCCCAUCACCGCUCGACUACAGAGACAUUUUAACCUCCUGGCCUUCACAGAGAUGGAGGACCCCAGUAAAAGGAAGAUCUUCGGAACCAUCCUCAAGUCCUGGAUGCCUAACAACUCUGCCCAGUACACUGAUAAGAUGGUGGAGACCUGUAUCGGGGUGUAUAACACGAUCAUCACCCAGCUCCUCCCAACCCCCGCCAAAUCUCACUACACCUUUAAUCUUCGUGACCUCUCCAAGGUCUUCCAGGGAAUCCUCAUGAUGGACCCAUCCAAGAUAGAGUCCAUCAAUGACGUGUUGAAGCUGUGGUACCACGAGAGCUGUCGCGUCUUCCAGGAUCGUCUCGUUAAUGACGAGGACAGGAGCUGGUUUGAUAACCUCAUCAAAACCAACAUGAAGUCUGAGUUUAACGUGGAAUUUGAUGACGUCGUGAAGCAACAACCACUAAUAUUCGGAGACUUUAUGUCCCAGGGCGGCGAUCAGAAACCUUACGUGGAGAUUCAGGAUCAUGACAAGAUGGUGAAGUUACUGGAGGAGUACCUGGACGACUAUAACCAGAUAAACACGGCCCAGAUGAAGCUUGUCCUGUUUAUGGAUGCCGUGAAGCAUGUGUCCCGUAUCAGUCGAAUCAUCAGACAGCCCCUGGGUAACGCCCUUCUGUUGGGGAUGGGGGGCAGUGGUCGUCAAUCUCUCACCAGGCUGGCCGCCCACAUCAAUGAGUAUGAUUGUUUCCAAAUUGAGCUGGCUAAGAACUACGGUAUAGCUGAGUGGAGAGAGGAUCUGAAGACGGCGAUGAUGAAGGCAGGUCUGGAGAACAAGCCCAUGGUGUUCUUGUUCAGUGACACUCAGAUCAAGUCGGAGUCCUUCUUAGAGGACUUGAACAAUAUUCUGAAUUCUGGCGAUGUGCCAAACAUUUACGCCUUUGAUGACUUGGAGAGUAUUUAUACAGCGAUGAAGCCAGUGUGUCAGGACAUGGGAUUACAGCCUACUAAGACUAACUUGUUCUCACUGUACACAAAGAACGUUCGCAGUAACUUACACACGGUCAUUACCAUGAGCCCCCUGGGUGAGAUUUUCCGCGCUCGUCUGAGACAGUUCCCUGCCCUGGUUAACUGCUGUACGAUUGACUGGUUCUCUGAGUGGCCGGCCGAUGCCCUGAGGUCCGUGGCUCUGCGGUUCCUGAUGGACAUCCCAGAACUGGACACUACUGACCAGAUCAUGGAGGGACUGGUGGUGAUGUGUCAGGAGAUCCAGAUGUCGGUCUUUAACCAUUCACAGAAAUUCCUGGCCGAGCUUUCUCGUUAUAAUUACGUCACGCCCACCAGCUACCUGGAGCUGCUGGGAAUCUUCUCUAAACUGGUGGGGAUGAAGAAGACGGAGCUCAACACGGCGCGUAAUCGGCUGAAGACCGGUCUGGACAAGCUACUGACCACGGCUGAUGAAGUGGCCAAACUGUCGGCGGAGCUGGAGACCAUGAAACCACUGCUGGCCGAGGCGGUGAAGGAAUCGGUGGCUACCAUGGAACAGAUCUCCAAGGAUACGGUUGUUGCUAAGGAGACAAUGGAGGUGGUAGAGAGAGAGGAAGCCCAAGCUACCAUUAAAGCUAAGGAGACCCAGGCCAUUGCUGACGACGCCCAGCGCGACCUCAAUGAAGCUCUCCCAGCUCUGGAAGAGGCUGUGGCCAGCUUGAAGUCGCUGAACAAGAACGACGUGGUGGAGGUCAGGGCCAUGACCCGACCCCCAGUUGGGGUCAAGAUGGUGAUAGAGGCCGUGUGUAUCAUGAAGGAGAUCAAACCAAAGAAAGUGGCUGGGGACAAACCCGGAGAGAAGAUCAAUGACUUCUGGGACCCGGGCAAAGCCCUGCUGUCUGACCCGGGCAAAUUCCUGGAGAGUCUGUUCAAGUUUGACAAGGACAACAUCCCUGAUGAUGUCAUCAAGAAGAUCCAGCCCCUGAUAGACAAUCCGGACUUCACACCGGCUGCCAUUGCCAAGGUAUCCAAAGCCUGUACCUCUAUCUGUCUGUGGGUCAGAGCCAUGCACAAGUACCACUUUGUAGCCAAAGGUGUGGCUCCCAAGAGAGAGAGGCUGGCCAAUGCCCAGGCCGAGCUGGCGGAGACACAGGCCAUUCUAGAGGCGGCCAAGAUGAGGCUCCACGACGUACAGGAGGGGAUCGCGACGCUUCAGGCCAAGUACGAGGACUGUGUGAGGAAAAAGGAUGAACUGGACCAGAAGUGUACUGAGUGUGAACAGAGGCUGGUCAGGGCUGACAAGCUGAUUGGUGGAUUGGCGGAUGAGAAGGACAGAUGGAAGGAGUCGGUGGAGAAACUGGAGUCCAUCAUUAACAACUACGUGGGGGAUGUACUCAUCUCCUCCGGAUACAUCGCUUACCUCGGGCCCUUCACUGGUAAGUACCGGUCUGACAUGCAGGAGGAAUGGGUGAAGAAACUUGACGAGAACAAAGUCCCUCGUACCGGGGAACCCACCCUCAUCGCGACCUUAGCUGACCCCGUGAAGGUCCGCAGCUGGCAGAUCGCGGGGCUCCCCAAGGAUAACCUGUCUGUUGAGAAUGGUGUUAUUGUGAAAUACUCCCGUAGAUGGCCUCUUUUUAUUGACCCCCAGGGACAGGCCAAUAGAUGGGUCAAAAACAUGGAGCGUGACGCGGGUCUGGACGUCAUUAAGCUCUCAGACAAGGACUUCCUCCGAAGUUUGGAGAACGCCGUCAGGUUUGGUAAACCUUGUCUACUGGAGAACAUUGGGACCGAGUUAGACCCAGCUCUGGAACCUAUUCUAUUGAAGCAGACCUUUAAACAACAAGGCAGUAUGGUGAUCAAGCUGGGAGAUGCCAUUAUUCCGUACCACGAUGAUUUCAAGUUUUACAUCACCACAAAACUUCCCAAUCCCCACUACACCCCUGAAGUGUCCACGAAGGUGACCCUCGUAAACUUCACUCUGUCUCCAAGCGGUUUGGAGGACCAGAUGUUGGGUAUCGUCGUGGCUGAGGAGAGACCUGAUCUGGAGGAAGCUAAGAAUCAGCUGAUCGUCAGUAACGCUAAGAUGAAGCAGGAGCUGAAGGAGAUUGAGGACAAGAUCCUGGAGAGACUGAGCUCCUCCGAGGGCAGCCCUGUAGACGACCUUGACCUCAUAGCUGUACUGGAGGCCUCCAAAAUUAAAUCCCAGGAAAUCAAGGCUAAAGUGAUGGUGGCGGAGCAGACAGAGAAGGAUAUUGACGUGACCCGCAGUCAGUACAUCCCCGUCGCCGUUAACACCCAGAUCCUCUUCUUCUGUGUGGCGGACAUGGCUAACAUUGACCCUAUGUACCAGUACUCCCUGGAGUGGUUCGUCAGUAUCUUUCUGGGCGGCAUCGCCCACGCCGAGAGGGCAGAGGCAAACAACAUCAAGCAGAGAGUUUUGAACAUCAACAACUUCUUCACCUUCAGCCUGUACAGCAAUGUCUGCCGCUCCCUGUUUGAGAAACACAAGCUCUUGUUUGCUUUCCUACUGUGCUCUAGAAUCAAACAGCAUCAGGGAGAAAUUGACAUGGAUGAGUGGCGUUUCCUCCUGGCUGGAGGUACCAGUAAACCUAAGGAGGUCCCCAAUCCUUGUGAGGACUGGCUGUCUGACCGCUCCUGGAAUGACAUCCUGACCACCGGCGUCCUUGAGAAGUUUGCCAGCUUCCCAGAGGAAUUCAAAAACCACGCCGAGGGCUUCAAGAAGAUCUUUGACAGCCCGGAACCUCACCGCGAGGACCUGCCCGGGAAAUGGAACACGGACCUGGACUCCUUCCAGAAGCUGAUCGUCCUGAAGUGUCUGCGACCAGACAAAGUGACCAACGCCAUGCAGGACUAUGUGGCUAACAAUCUGGGUCAGAGGUUCAUCGAGCCCCAGACUGCUGACCUACAUUUAGUGUUUAAGGACUCCUCCCCGACUACCCCCCUUAUCUUCGUGCUGUCAACAGGGACUGACCCGGCAGCUGAUCUGUACAAGUUUGCUGACGAGAUGAGGUUCUCUAAGAAGCUGUCUGCCAUCUCCCUUGGACAGGGACAGGGACCCCGCGCGGAGGCCAUGAUGAGGAGUGCGAUGGAGAGAGGGAAGUGGGUCUUCUUCCAGAACUGUCACCUGGCUCCCAGCUGGAUGCCCAGUCUGGAGAGACUGAUAGAGCAGAUUGAUCCAGACAAGGUCCAUCGUGACUUCCGCCUGUGACUGACCAGUAUACCCAGUGAUAAGUUCCCGGUCUAUUGUAUGU